AACCCACAAUGUAUUGAAUGCGACUGCGACGUCCAACGGUACCUGCAUACACUUUUAUUGUUCAGGGACGAAUACAGGCCGUCCGAUCAGCAUCGGGGAGCUAUCCACCGUCAGAAGAAUAUUAAAUGCUCCCACCAACUCGCUUGAGCUUCUCCUCUGUUUCUCCCUCCCCUCUUUUUCCUUCAUUUCAUUGCUGCUACAUACAGACAGCUACCCAACCCAGUGAAGAUUUGAGGCUUUGAGCUACCAUCUCCGCCGCCGCAGCUGGUAAAUCUAAGCUAAACCGGUGUCAUUUUGUGCAAAUUUUAGUAUUGGAGGGAUGACUCUGUUGUGCUUAUUGAAUUAUGUCGAUAAAAAAUUAGUGGUUUUGCUGUUAUUUUUCUAUUUCUUUUCCAAAGCAACGAGCUUGGGAUCAAUGUCGUCCAUCGGCAUUUCUUAUGGCGAAAACGGGCCCGUGUUCUGUGGGCUAAAAUCUGACGGUUCUCAUAUGGCUAAUUGCUACGGCUCCAACCCUGCUAUCAUUCAUGCAACGCCAAAGCAUUUGGCGUUUCUUGGUUUGACCGCCGGCAAUGGCUUUGUUUGUGGGCUUCAGAUGGAUUCAAAUAAGCCCUUUUGCUGGGGGAGCACUGGUUUUAUUCCAACCGGCGUGCCUCUACAAAUGACUAGGGACUCAGAGUACUUAGAGAUUAGCGCUGGAGACCACCAUUUGUGCGGAUUGAGAAAGCCCCUCGGGGGGAAGUUGAGGAACACUACUUUGGUUGAUUGCUGGGGUUACAACAUGACUAAGAGCUACAAUUUUGAUGGGCAGAUCCAAUCUAUCUCUGCGGGUUCUGAAUUUAAUUGCGGUUUGUUUGCUCAGAAUAGGAGUGUUUUCUGCUGGGGUGAUCAGACCAGCAGUAAUGUGAUAGGGCUGGUUCCCAAGAACCUGAGAUUUAGAAAGAUUGCAGCAGGAGGCUUCCAUGUUUGUGGGAUUUUGGAAGGGGUGCAUUCUAGAGUGGUUUGUUGGGGGACGAGUUUGGAUCUUGAAGAAGAGAUUUCUGUUGGCUCAGUGAUGAACUCUGGGCAGCUUAAUGUGGAUUUAGCUCCUGAGGAACCUAUGCUGUCUGUAGUUGGAGGUAAGUUUGAUGCAUGUGGAAUUAGAAGUUAUGACAGAGGCGUUGUUUGCUGGGGUUUCAAAGUGGAGAGCAGUACGCCGCCGCCUAAGGGUGUUAAGCUUUAUGAGAUUGCUGCUGGGGAUUACUUCACCUGUGGAAUUUUAGCUGAGACCUCUCUUAUGCCCGUUUGUUGGGGUUCUGGAUUUCCGUCUGCACUGCCACUGGCUGUUUCACCUGGACUUUGCAAACCAACGCCUUGUUCGCCGGGGUUUUAUGAGUUUAACAAUGCAAGUGCGCCGUGCAAGUCUUCUGGCUCUCACAUCUGCAUGCCCUGUAGCAAUGGUUGUCCUCAAGAAAUGUAUCAGGUCUCAGAAUGCAGUUUGACAUCGGAUAGGCAGUGUGGAUAUAACUGUUCAGGUUGCACUUCAGGUGAAUGCAUCAGUAGUUGUCCCAGUGCUGCUGUUACUGGAUACAAGAAUGACAAGUUUUGGUCGCUGCAAUUGCCAAUCAUAAUCGCGGAGGUCUCCUUUGCUGCAUUCUUGGUGAUUUCUGUUUCUUUGACAGCUGUUCUGUACGUUAGAUACAAGUUAAGGAACUGCAGGUGCUCUGUCAUUCCCAGUAAAGGUAGUAAAAAUGGUUCUUUUCAUAAGGAAAGUGGGAAGAUUAGGCCAGAUUUGGAUGAGCUGAAAAUUAGGAGGGCUCAGGUUUUUGCUUAUGAGGAACUCGAGAGAGCCACUGAAGGGUUUAAGGAAGAGUCACUAGUGGGAAAGGGGAGCUUCUCAUGUGUCUUUAGAGGUGUAUUGAAGGAUGGCACGAUAGUUGCAGUGAAAAGGGCGAUUGUCUCCCUGGAUGUGAAGAAGAAUUCAAACGAGUUCCACACAGAGCUAGACUUGCUUUCCAGGCUAAAUCAUGCCCACUUGCUGAAUCUGCUUGGCUACUGUGAAGAAGGUGGAGAGAGGCUUCUGGUUUACGAGUUCAUGGCUAAUGGUUCACUGCACCAGCAUCUCCAUGGCAAUAACAAUGAUCUGAAAGAGCAAUUGGAUUGGGUGAGAAGAGUGACCAUUGCUGUUCAAGCUGCUCGAGGGAUUGAAUACCUUCAUGGUUAUGCCUGUCCCCCUGUAAUUCACCGUGACAUAAAGUCUUCAAACAUUCUCAUAGAUGAAGAGCACAAUGCACGUGUUGCAGACUUUGGCCUCUCUUUACUCGGACCUGCCAAUAGUAGCUCUCCAUUGGCUGAACUGCCGGCCGGAACUCUUGGAUAUCUUGACCCUGAGUAUUAUAGGCUUCAUUACCUUACAACCAAGUCUGAUGUUUACAGCUUUGGUGUUUUGCUGCUGGAAAUCCUCAGUGGUCGGAAGGCCAUUGAUAUGCAGUAUGAAGAAGGAAACAUUGUUGAAUGGGCUGUCCCUUUGAUCAAAGCUGGUGAUAUAGAUUCCAUCCUGGAUCCAGUUCUGAAACCUCCUCCAGAUCUUGAAGCUCUUAAACGAAUUGCUAAUAUAGCCAGUAGAUGUGUGAGGAUGAGAGGAAAGGAGAGGCCGUCAAUGGACAAAGUGACUACGGCUUUGGAACGUGCCCUUGCUUUGUUGAUGGGUAGCCCUUGCAACGAGCAGCCUAUAUUGCCUACUGAAGUGGUGUUGGGAAGUAGUAGAUUGCACAAGAAGUCCUCUCAGAGAUCGGGAAACAAAUCAACCUCAGAAACAGAUGGGGCGGAUACAGAGGAUCAAAGAAUUGAAUUUAGAGCUCCAUCAUGGAUCACGUUCCCUAGCGUGGCUUCAUCGCAGAGGAGGAAGUCGUCUGUUUCUGAAUCAGAUUUGGAUGCAAAAACCUCAGAGACAAGACAUGCAGGAAAUGGGAAUGGAAAUGGAAACACGGUUGGAGAUGCAUUGAGAAGUCUAGUGGAAGAGAUCGGUCCGGCUUCUCCUCAAGAGCACUUGUUCUUGCAGCACAACUUCUAGCUACAAGUUGAAGGUGCAAUUGCUAAACUCUAGUUCCUGUAAUCAAAGAGAGACAUGUUGAUGUGAUAGCUGCCACUGCUUGUGGAGUAAGUCUUCCAUUGUAACUUAUGUGUAUCAACCAAGUAUGGCAUUUUUUAUGCAGAGUACAUAACAUAGUAAGAUGUUGUCGUCAUUCUUUCAUUGAUGUUUUGUCUAAAAAAACAGACUUGCUUGUUUUGAUCAGAUUGGACGUCGUAAAAUUCUCAGACAAAUCAAUGUAUCCUUAACCAGCAGCAAACUCCACCUUCACCCCAACUUUAAAGAUAUUAUCUGCUUAUGAAUUACUGCAAUUUAUUCCGUGUGGGAUAUGUAUAUCUUGCCAGUAUCAGGAGGAUCGUUGCUUGAACUUCUUGUUGCCUGAAUUGUAGAGGAGAUG